GCCACACAGCCGCGCACUGCAGAGGAGACAGAGAGCGGGACACACACACACACACACCACCAGGGGAAUAUGUCACGCACCGAGGGACGCUUCAACCACCGGCGCAACGCGGCCCAUGCUUAUCCACUGCCUCUGCUUUAGUUCAGCAGACACACAUCGCCCCGUUCACCACUUAUGCUCUGCUGAAAUCUUCCCUGCUGCUGCUGCCGCUUCUGGUCCAUCUCCGUCCCCUCCUCCUCGCGCUCGUCACCGUCCCGUCGCCAGGAUGGACAAGUCGCUCAGCAGUCCGCAACCCGUGGCCAACACAACCAACUCUUCCCCGUCGGACCGCGGGAGCUCGUCAUCGACGAGGAAGCCCGGGAGGAGCGGGUCGCACAGCCCCGGCUCCGGCUCCCUGGGCGGCUCAGCCGGAGGAGGCAGCAGCCGGGGAGCUGUGCUGGGGAACAGCAUGAAUUUGCAGCAGCCGCGCAAGAGGCAGCUUGAAGGAGUGCUGAGCAAAUACACCAACCUGAUCCAGGGCUGGCAGAACAGGUACUUUGUGUUGGAUCCAGAGUUGGGACAGCUGCAGUACUUUGUCAGCGAUCAGGGGAAGAGCCAGAAGCCCCGCGGGUCCCUGCCCCUGAUCGGUGCCUCCGUAACCACGAGCGACGAGGCUCCCCACAUGUUCGUUGUAAACUCUGUCAAUGGAGAGCUGUACAAACUCAGAGCCUCCGACGCCAAGGAGCAGCAGUUUUGGAUCAGUCAGCUCCAAGCGUGUGCCAGACGUCACUCUGACACCAGUGCCAAGGUGAGGAAACUAAAGGGCUCCGAUGAACACUUGAGUGUGGAAAGAGUAGGAGGAGGCCACGAGGGGCUGGGCUCCUCAUCCUCUGGUCGGACCCGUAGCUUCUCCCUCCUCCCCCACCUAACCCCAUCUUCAUCCCCGGGUUCUCAGAGGCACCUGAGCCACGUGGCCUCACCCAGCAACAUCGUCACCAUCACCCACCACAAAUCUCCGGCUGCAGCUCGGCGGGCCAGGAAUCUGUACCCGGGACGGCUGCUGGAGGUCAAAGAGGUGAUGUCCCAAGCAGAGGGCCAGCAGAAGAACCUGGUCCAGUCCAUUGACUCUCUGCCCACCAGAGGCCCUCUCUCCUGUCUGGACCAGGACCUGCUGCUGCUCAAGGCCACGUCGGCCGCCACACUCAGCUGCCUGGGAGAGUGCCUGAACAUCCUCCAACAGUCCCAGAGCCACAGCCAGGGGCCACCUCAGUCCCACGCCUCCCAGUGCAACUACGCCGCCCAUGAAGCCCCCUCCGAUGGUGUUCCUGUGUGGACUGUACCAAAGUCGCCCUCAGGGGAGCAGUUGAAGAACGGAGUUCUGACUCCUCUACGAUCAGUCGAGCCCUCACCGGCCUUCAGGGAAAGGAGUCUGUCCCAUGGUGCUGAGCACCACCAAGGGCUGGAAGACAUCAACCCCACUGAAGAGGUGACGGACACGGAGGAUAACGAAGAGGAGGACCUGGGUGUCCUGGACGACCAGCGGAGCAUCAUUCUCCACCUGCUCUCCCAGCUCAAACUGGGCAUGGACCUCACACGGGUGGUGUUGCCUACCUUCAUUUUGGAAAAGCGAUCACUACUGGAGAUGUACGCCAACUUCAUGGCCCACCCUGACAUGUUCCUGUCCAUCACAGCGGGGGCCACGGCCGAGGACCGGAUAGUCCGUUUUGUCGAGUACUACCUGACCGCCUUCCACGAGGGGCGGAAAGGUGCCGUGGCCAAGAAGCCCUACAACCCCGUGCUGGGGGAGACCUUCCACUGUUCCUGGGAAGUGCCUCGGGACAAAGUCAAACCUUUGGUCAGAUCCAACCAGGGGUCCUCUUGGGAGCCGAGCAGGGCCCCCAACAACACGCAGCAGGGGGACGAUUCGCCAGAAGACUGCUACAGAGUCCGAUUUGUGGCCGAGCAGCUGUCCCAUCAUCCACCAGUGUCUGGGUUCUACUGCGAGUGCCGGGAGAAGAGCAUGUGCGUCAACGCCCACGUGUGGACCAAGAGCAAGUUCAUGGGAAUGUCUAUAGGAGUGUCCAUGGUGGGAGAAGGGGUACUCCGUCUCUUAGAGCACGAUGAGGAGUACGUCUUUACGUUGCCCUGUGCCUACGCCCGCUCCAUCCUCACUGUGCCCUGGGUAGAGCUGGGGGGCAAAGUCUCCAUCAACUGUGUCAAGAGCGGCUACUCUGCCACCGUCACCUUUCACACAAAGCCUUUCUAUGGAGGGAAGGUACACAGAGUGACGGCAGAGGUCAAACACAAUCCGACCAACACCAUUGUGUGCAAAGCUCAGGGCGAGUGGAACGGCACCCUGGAGUUCACGUACAGCAGCGGGGAAACCAAAGUCAUCGACACGGCCAAACUCCCAAUCACCAGGAAGAAGCUGCGGCCUGUGGAGAAACAGGGGAGGACAGAGUCCAGGCGGUUAUGGCAACACGUCACCAAGUCGCUGAAGGAAGGGAACAUCGACGAGGCCACGGAGCACAAACACCGACUGGAGGAGCGACAGAGAGGGGAGGAGAGGCAGAGAGCAGCUGAUAACGAACCCUGGACCCCCAAAUACUUCACUAAGGAGGGAGACAGUUGGAUCUACAACAGCCCGCUGUGGAAGUCGACCUGACAGCAGAACGCUCUUCUGAUGGACAAUAACAGAGAUCCCCCCUCUCCACACGGAGGUCAGAGGUCAGGCAGUCCUCCGGAGACCUUCAGCUACAGACUCACAACAGAGACAAUAUGGAGACGCAAACAGGAAACGAGCAAGGUGCCAAAGCAAUCUCCACUGUUAUAACCAAGCUGGCGGUUGGAGCUCUGGGCACAGAAGUACAUUUUUAUAUACAGUUAAUAGUAUUACUAUUCAAAGUAGAGUAUUUCUAUUUUUAACCUUGCCAAGGCCUUUUUUGCACACGCACAGUAAUGAAGUUUGCCACUGGUGUUUUACUUUGUUAUUUUUUAAUAAUCAAUGUUUUCUCAGACAUCGUCAAUGUUUGGUUUCAAGCUUUUAGUUUGUAAUGCAGCGUUAGAAUGAAUCGAUACACCUUCGUGAGGAGAGUAUAAAGCAUAGAAAUAAAUUCAUUAAUUUACAGUUAUGGGGUCUGUAAGAGCUUUACAGGAAAUAACACUACAUUAGAUUGUGUUCAUAUAUUACUAUUAAUCAGUACAUUAGAGUGAUUUACUAGAAAGUAAAGGUCCUGAUUGUUUUGUGUCACUAUGAAUGUACAUUUUAAUGGUAUGAUACUUUUCCAUCUUGUACUGCAACGCGUGCUUUUUAUUUUGCCACGUUGCUCCAUUUAAAGUAUUGCACCCAUUGAGUGAGACGCCUCUGCACUUCAAACGCUUUCCAUUACUACCUCUCUUAUUCAGCUACUCCAGCCAAUUAGUCUCUUCUUUUUGUCCGAAAACACUGGUUUGCAAAAUGCUCCAAGGUCCUCUUUUCUUUUUUUUGUAUCCCUGCCUCUACGAUGGCACUCGCGCAAUUAGUCAGCCCCGUGCCUCCCGAAGUUAAUGCUUCACCUUUGGUCGCCCGUGAUGAUGAAUAUGGAUAAGGAGGCUCUCAGAAACACAAUCACGUUCCCCAUCUGGAGUUCGCUGGAAGGUUCCCUCUGUGAAGAUGAGCGGAUAAUCUAGCAGAAUAACAAACACUGGGAGCCUGUCGGAUAGAAAAGGAUUAUGCAUUUGGGUCAUAUUACUGCGGCGCUUCGAUCUUCUCAUGUUUGACAAACCACGUGGUCAAUUUUCAAACCGAAUCGCUUUCUCCAAAUGAAGUAAAGCAGAUAUGAAUAAGGAGCAAUGAGCAGUAUGUCCACUUGUUCUUCUCCCACACUUCUUUAAGGCCUUAUUUUUUUCACAUAAACAUCUCACUGCUUGCUUUUAGUUCAAUUUUCAAUUGUAUAAGUAUUUAAAAGCCAGGUGAAUUUACCAGAUGCCUAUUUGUAGCGUAUGUCAUGACAGUAUAGAGAACAAACCAUUUAGAAAUACUGUUUCAUGACACUCUCCUAACAUGAAACUAACCUUUUUUUUAAAUGAUAUCCAAAAGAACUCACUGAAGUAGAGUGAUUGUGGAUGAAGGCGGGAUUGUCCAUUAAAAGACCUUCAAUGUUUUUUUUAAAUGAAACAUGUCUUCUCAUGAUGUCCUGAAUGUACAUCUGUUAUAACGUUGGUCAAAGCAGGAAGUUGUUUGAGAUUAUUUUGUUCUAAUAAAUAUGCUAAAGAUUGCAUUAUAACUUUAACAUUAGAAUGAAAAGCAAACAAGCUAGAUGUUUGCUUUUUGUCUAAACAUUACAUAGGAUGUACUGGCAUGUUGCCAUGAUAUCAGCAGACAAACAUGGGAACAUGCUAGCUAAAAAAAACAGAUCGUGAAUAUCUGACAUUAAUAUGCUAAAUGUGAUGUGAUAAAAGUUAUUGCAUAUUUACUCACCAACUUGAGUGCGUCAUCAUGGACAUCAAAAACAGCAGAGUUUGUGUUGACUAGUUAACCAUCUAUCUGUAGGUGAGCUAAAAUGAGCACACGAGCAGGAACGGCUGAGCCUACACAGCUCAAUGAGCAGCAGGACCAGCUCAGGCUGAGCAAAGUUCAGCCAAUCUGACAGAAAAGAGUUCGAGUUAGCUGCCACGAGGACAAACUUCAUGAUUUUAAGUAACGAUAAUUGCCUAUUAAGGAUGCAACAAUACUUUGUGUUGUCGGUGAAAUGAGCGUAACAUCACCAUGUGGUACUCGUGUGGUUAAAGACCGUUGAUAGUUAACCUUUGGACGAUGCAUUUUCCCCCCAAAUUAAUCAUUUUACCAUUAACACAUUCAACUCUGUUAAACCUUGCUAUGGGGAGCUUUACUUUAUCCAAUUAAGAGUUACACACAUACUCGGGGAGUCCACCUUGUGUCAAUCAAACCCGUCACCAACUAUCCUCACCGGUGUGAGUAUCUCUCUCUCUCUCACACACACGCGCGCACACACACACACACACACACACACGCUAAUGCUGCCAUCAAGUGGUUGCUUUGUGUUGAAACACAGAUCUGCACAGGAACAAUAUCAACACACUGAAUGUACUGGACAUUGAAUCAGGUUUGGUUCAAAAUGACAACAACUUACACACAUUCUCAUUAAAGUGUAUAUUUAAAGAUGGCUGAACAGAACAACGUAGAAAUGUAAACUUUGAAGGUGAAGGAGGGAUUUCAUCAAAACAAAAGGUGUUAAGGACAGACAGCACUGAGCUACUAAGAAAUAAUUCGACUUAGUAGAGGAAGGAACCGUUCUGCCGCUCCUAAUCGACACAAAAUGAAAACGUAAGAGGGCAACAAACUGUACAUCACAUUAAGGCUCGGUCUGAACCCUCUCCUCUCUUGACUGAUGAGAAAUCAGGACGUGAUUCAGCUCUAGGCGCAGGUGUGACUGAAUGACAAUGCGGCAUUGUGUCAAAGGUCUGAAGUCUGAAAUGGUGAUAGUCAAGUUUCAGAGAAGAUCAAAAAAAAAAAAAAGUGAUUCAGACAAUACUUUUUAAAAAGUGUAAAGAAAAACAAACCGGGUGAUACAAAUACAAGUCACUCUUCUGUGAGGUGUGAUAGUACAGCUGUGCGACGCGUUAGUCUUUCUAUGAGUCACUCGUUUGAGAAAAAGUAAAAUGGAAAAAGUUACUGAAGCGUGCACAUACAGAAACACCUUUAGUGUUUAGAACAUCUGGAGAACCCAGACAGACGAACAGUGCAGUGCCCAUCGAACAAAAGGUCAAAGGUUACGGCUCAUCAGAGCUGUGUCCCAACUGCAUACUAUACAACCUGACACAAUCAGAUUAAUUGAUAAGUUAAUCUUUUUUUUUUUAUACCAUUAAUCAAUCUUUCAAUGUUAACAGUUGAUUGGGGUUUUUUCAAGGCAGAAAUACCAAAAAUUCACUACUUGCAUCUUUGCAAAUGUGAAUAUUUGCUAUGCUCCAUCUUCUAUACAAACUAUCACUUUGUGUCCACUGGGAAGUUUUCAGAUUUUUUUUUUUUCUUCCUCUUUAUAUUUUACGAACCAAAUAAAGAAUAACGUAAAGAAACAACCAAUAAAUCAAUGACAAAAAUGAUGGUUCGCAAUACUACUACUACUGUGCAUACGAAUAUUAUCAAGAAUACACUACAUAUAGAGUAUUCUUUUUUUACAGUAGUUUUUUCUUCCAUGGAGGAGAUACAAGGAGCACGAGAUACAUCACGUCUAGUAAAGUUACUAGAGCUGAACUUAUUAGUCGAUGGACAGAAAAUUAAAGGUCCACUCCACCAAUUUAAAAUCACGUUAGAGAAUAGCGGUUAAGUCUAAAGUGUGACAUAUUACAUAAUCAAUACCUUUUAAGACUUAAUCUUAAAUGCAGUAUGGAAUCAGGACACAGCUCUAAAGUACAAUAAAGACGUCGGUCCACCGUUGUCUCGGACAAGGAUGGAAGUUUCUACCUUUCCUCACCUCAGUUGUGUUUUCUAGUCUCAGUUUCAGUGCUUGAGUACCAACUACCCCCCCCCUUCACAGUUCACCAGUCUAUUCCCAGUUCCCGAUUGCCUCAGUCUGGUCGAAGCACCCGACCCGCUGCGUUGAUACACGAUGAGCUGAACACAAAGCUGAUAGAGCAGACGGUCACAAAGUAUCGAGGCGAUGGUGACCAGCGAUGAGGCACGAAGCUCUGCACACUGCACUAGAGAGCUCCCUCUGCAGGAAGGGAGGCCUAAUUCAUGAUCACUGCUUUCUACACACCAUUGCUUGCUUCUGUCUUUAAAUCCCUAAGCAGCAGAAAUGUACAAUCUAUGCCAUUUAUGAAAAAAGGGGGUGUUGGUAUGGGGGGGGGGCUUUGUAAAAAUUCACAUUCAUUCUUCCAACGAAAUGUCAAGCCCCUCUGUACAAGAAUUAUUGCAUUCACUGAUCUAUUCGCUGUCAUACAAACAAAACAAAAAAAUCAACAAAACAAUCACAAAGAAAGUAAGAUAACUGACAACUGCAUAUUUAAAAAUCACCACAAUAAUCCAAUAUAUUAUCAUCCGUUUAGACUUAUUCUUUACACAAGAUAUUUACAUGUUAGGCCAAUUUUUUUUUUUCUCUAAAGAAUUUGUUGAAAAAGAAGGUCGGGGAGCAAGGCAGACACAAAGGAGAGGACGAUGAUAAAAAGGUUCAUUCUACAGACGGGCUGUGCCUAGACGGUGACGUUCCUCCAUGCCGCAUACCGUCCUCUGUAUACGCGUCAGGAACAAGUCCUCAGCUUUCACUCCCUCACUCUCAGUAAUGAGUUCACAUGUGCCGUGGAGCAAGGUCGAUGGGUCUUUGGUGCAAAUGUCCCUAGUCUCUCUCCUCCCCCCCACCCCCCCCA